UAGACUAACCGUGAGAAGAGCUGCGUUUGGAGAGCCCUUAUAUAAACCUGCAAGCUCAUCUAUUUGGGAACACUGCAGGACAGCUCACUUUAAGGCACUUGAAAGGAUUGCAACUAAACUGUCUAUCAUCAUGUCUCACGAAUGGGGAUACGCGGAUCAUAACGGACCCCUCAAAUGGUUUGAAAGCUUCCCCAUUGCCAAUGGACCUCGCCAGUCUCCAAUAGACAUUAACCCUAAUGGUGCUUCUUAUGAUUCUUCACUCAAGCCUCUACAACUGAAGUAUGACCCCUCCACUUCACUGGACAUCCUCAACAAUGGACAUUCCUUCCAAGUGACCUUCGCCGAUGAUAAAGACAGCUCAACUCUAAAAGAGGGGCCGAUUUCGGGUACCUACAGGCUUAAACAGUUUCACUUCCACUGGGGCGCAAGUGAUGACAUGGGCUCCGAACACACAGUGAAUGGGAAGUGCUAUCCAGCUGAGCUCCAUCUGGUCCACUGGAACACAAAAUAUCAGAGCUUCGAGGAAGCAGUCAAUAAGCCUGAUGGUCUCGCUGUAGUUGGUGUCUUUCUAAAGGUUGACGCAGACAAUCCUCAGCUUCAGAAAGUUCUAGAUGCUCUGGAUGCUAUUAAGUCCAAGGGAAUGCAGACCUCAUUCAAGAACUUUGAUCCCACCAUCCUGCUCCCAAAUUCUCUGGAAUACUGGACAUACGUGGGGUCGCUGACCACACCCCCUCUGCACGAGAGCGUCACAUGGAUUGUCUGCAAGGAGCCAAUCAGCGUUAGCUCUGCUCAGAUGAAACAAUUCCGCAGUCUGCUGUUUUCUGCAGAGGGCGAGGAUGUCUGCUGCAUGGUCAAUAACUACCGUCCCCCUCAGCCUCUAAAAGGUCGUGCCGUCCUCGCAUCUUUCAAGUGAAGGGCCCCUGGACAUCCCUCUCCGCUCCUCUCCCUUCUUUAGUAGUAUAUGCAGUCAUGGGCCCCAGGCUAAGGGCCUCUAAGCACCUUCACCCUCCAAACAGCAAUCCUGGUCUGUCCAGCAGACCAGCUGUGCUGUUUGGAUUGAAAAAAGGCUAUAUGCAAAGAAACACAUGUUUGUACCAUCUCUCUGGCUCUGUAUCUCUUUAUCUUUAUCUCUGAUGAGCAAAUCUGCUUCAUUAGCGCAAAUGCUUGAAUUAUCUGUAUUUAGAAUAUUGUAACAUUCUCUGAUUUAAGUGUGAUACUCUGACAAACAAAUAAACAAACCAUGCAAGAGAAAAUAUGUAUAUGGGGGUAAGAUAUUUUAAUAUACACAGGGGGUAUUAUAGGUAUUUAAAGGAAUAGUUUACCUAAAAAUGAAAAUUUGUUCUUUAUUCCCUUGAACACAAACAGUGAUUCCAAGCUGUAAUUUUCCGUACAAUGAAAAUGGAUGCCGACCAUGGACAACUGUGGUCACCAUUCACUUUCACCUAAUGAAAAAGAGCAGCAAGAGGGUGAGUAAAAGAUGACAGAAUUUUCAUUUUUGGAUGAGCUAUCCCUUUAAAUAGAUUUUUCAGUGCUAUAGCAACCAAACCAGAUUAAGACUGUACCUCAGAUUAAGACACCAGGGGUGCAGUCGCUACCCGAACAGAUGCCAUCUGUGCUGGCUACUGCUGUCGUUCCUUGCCAGGCUGUAAUCUCUGGCUGCCUCAGCAUUGCUGCAGCUUAAUGAAACCCAAUGAACGCUGCUAACAGGCUGCAAGAUCUAGCAAAUCCCAUCUGGUAAACAAACACACGUGGCAAAAUGUCCAUGCAGGCACACUGAGAAAGUAUGCUCAAAAUGUAGCAUGUAUAAUCAAUGUAGCUGAUUUGCGCUUGGAGUGUUUGUGCCUCAGACUGUCAGAACUGCAGUCUCUUUGUAUUUCUAUAAGAUGUUAUCUAUAGCACAGUGGCAAUUAUUGCAUGCAAGCUUUAGGGGUUAGUUUUUCCUUAAAUAACAGUCCACUUUUAUUUGUAUUUAUUUAUUUAUUUGCACAGAAAGUAGCUAGUCUCUUUCGCUAGAGCGAUACCCGAACAACACAUAAA